UGCAGUGACACAAGAGCUAACAUCAGGUACAUGGAUACAUACAUUUCAUUUCAAGAAAAUACACAACAUGCACUGUACUUUAUCACUUUACUUGUAAAAUUCCAAUAGAUGUCUAAACUUUUAUAUGGAAAAUGACAAAGCAGACUGACGCCCAUAGCAGGAUGUUGAGAAUCUACAGUAUGACUAUAGGAACAUCGUUUAUUAUUUAUUAGCAUUUGUGUAUUUAUAUUCUCAUUUAUUAAACUGAGCUGAAUAUAAUAUAGUAUAAAAACAGGACCAGUCAGUAGUGUUUUAGAUGGUGAUUACCUUAUAGUGGAUGCAAGGAAAUGGAAGUUAGGAAAUGGUAUGUGUUCUCAGGAAAGCAGGAAACUGCUCAUACAUAAAAGCUUUUGUGGCAGUUGGUUGAGAAAGAAAAUGCUUAAAAAAAAAAAAAACAACAACAUUUUGACAGAGCCCAGAGAGUAGUGACAGUACAAGCCAUGGCACACUGUCACCAAACCAAGAAGGAACUUGUUUUGAAAUAAAAACUUCACAGAUGUAACUGACAACAGGGCAGUCAGUGCUGGUAAAUGCUCAAUAUUGCAUUCAAAACCAUAUAAAAAAGCAUUGUUCUCAACUAGUCAUAGUAGUAGUUUACUGUACUACUGGUAAUAGUAAACUGUAACUGUAGAGAGUUAUGAAUAAUAAGCAAGUGGUGUGAUUAGGCAAUGAUAGUUUAUUGUGUGGAUUGUGUUAUACAGAUAAGAUAAAAAGAGCAAACUUUUUAUCUCGUUGCUUAUUGAAAUUUUUGAAAGAAUUCAUUCACAAGUCUAUCACACUGUUAACUUCAUAAAUACUUUACAUCUUGCACAUUUGUGCAGUUUCUGUAGUAAUGGUGUUAACGAGCACCAGCUAGAAGCCUUGAUCACACCACAGAUUUCAUUUACGCUAAAGAAACGUGGUUUGUAGGGCAACGCUUUGUGAAAGCAGUACUUUGCCUCAAAGACAGGAUGCAAUCCCUGUGUUGGUUGCUUGAAUGCAAUUGUUGUUGCAGUGCAGAGGAAGGAAAUUAUCAGGAGUUUCCUUUAAAAGAGGAAAGUGCCCCUUUCCUUUCUGGAGAACAAAACAUUUCUGUAGUGAAAGAGGGACACAGGAGAAGAAAGAGUUGGAACAGUCGUGCAAAUCGUCUCUCUUGGUCAUAUAUUUUAGAAAAUAAUUCCACCAUUUGAGUGCUGAGGAGUAAUAUUUAGAAUCGUUUUUUCUCAGAGGAGGAUGUCUGUGUCGGGGAAGAAGGAAUUUGACGUGAAACAGAUCCUCAGGCUCCGCUGGCGCUGGUUCAGCCAUUCAUCCCAAGGUUCAGCCGGCGGUGGCGGUGGUGGCGGUGUGGGAGGCUACAUCCAGCAGGACGGCCUGGACCACAGAGGAACGCCUGUCCAGGGACGCCUUAAGAGCCACUCACGGGAAAGAGGCGUUGGAGGACUACGGAAGACCAACAGCCCAGUCCACAGUAUCUUGGCACCAACGCCAGGGCCCACACCUGUCUAUGUCAGAGCGGGUCAUCAAUCAUGGCAUCAUCAGCAGAACACUAUCCAAGGUCUCCAGGUCAACGAGGAAUCUUCAAAGAGCAGUUCCUCUCCCAGCACCACAAGGAAGGAGGAGACAAACACUGGCCAAGAAGAUGUGAAGAGCAGUACAGAAGAACCUGCAGAGGUGGAGGCCAGAGAGAGGUUGGUUCUGAGCACCUUCUCCAGAAUGAACACCAACUCCUCUGAUGAAUUUUUCCAGGCCACAAAUCAUGCAGAACAGACGUUCCGUAAAAUGGAGACCUACCUCCAGCAUAAGCAGCUGUGUGAUGUCCUCUUGAUAGCAGGGGAUCACAAGAUACCAGCUCACAGACUGGUCCUGAGUGCUGUGUCAGACUACUUUGCUGCCAUGUUCACCAGUGAUGUGAGAGAGGCGAAGCAAGAAGAGAUCAAGAUGGAGGGAGUGGAUCCAGAGGCUCUCAGAUCCCUGGUUCAUUUUGCCUACACUGGUGUCCUUGAGCUGAAAGAGGAAACCAUUGAGAGUUUAUUGGCGGCAGCUUGCCUCCUCCAGCUUUCACAAGUCAUCCAGGUUUGCUGUAACUUCCUCAUGAAGCAGCUUCAUCCAUCCAAUUGCCUGGGAAUACGCUCCUUUGCAGACGCCCAGGGCUGCGUGGAUCUGCUCAAUGUGGCUCAUAACUACACCAUGGAACACUUCCUAGAGGUCAUUCAGAACCAGGAGUUCCUGCUGCUCCCCACGGCUGAGAUUGUUAAGCUGCUCUCCAGCGAUGACAUCAACGUUCCUGAUGAAGAAACGAUCUUCCAGGCUUUGAUGAUGUGGGUGAGAUAUGACGUCCAGCAUCGACAACAGGACCUUGGGGUGCUUCUGUCUUACAUCCGCCUGCCUCUUCUUCCUCCACAGCUCCUUGCAGACCUGGAAAACAACAAGAUGUUCUCUGAUGAUCUGGAAUGUCAAAAGCUGCUGAUGGAGGCCAUGAAGUACCAUCUCCUGCCUGAACGACGUCCCAUGUUUCAGAGUCCAAGAACAAAACCUCGAAAGUCCACUGUGGGAGCGCUUUAUGCUGUAGGAGGGAUGGAUGCGACCAAAGGCUCGACCACCAUAGAGAAGUAUGACCUGCGGACGAACACUUGGGUCCAGGUUGGAGUCAUGAACGGACGCCGCCUGCAGUUUGGUGUGGCAGUGAUCGACAACAAGCUGUAUGUGGUCGGAGGGAGAGACGGUCUCAAAACGUCCAACAUGGUGGAGUGUUACAAUCCCAUCAGCAAAGUGUGGUCCACCAUGCCCCCGAUGUCAACACACAGGCAUGGACUCGGUAUUGCUGUGCUGGAGGGCCCCAUGUAUGCAGUGGGAGGCCAUGAUGGCUGGAGUUAUCUCAACACAGUGGAGCGCUGGGACCCACAGGCCAGACAGUGGAACUAUGUGGCCAGCAUGUCAACACCACGGAGCACCAUGGGAGUCACAGCCCUCAAUGGAAAACUGUUUGCUGUCGGUGGCAGAGAUGGCAGCUCUUGUCUGAGGUCGAUGGAGUGCUUUGAUCCGCACACCAACAAGUGGAGCAUGUGUGCCCCCAUGGCCAAGAGGCGAGGAGGAGUGGGAGUAGCGACGUAUAACAACUUCCUGUAUGCUGUGGGCGGACACGAUGCCCCUGCCUCCAACCACUGUUCCAGACUCUCCGAUUGUGUUGAGAGGUAUGAUCCAAAGACGGACACGUGGACCACGGUGUCCUCCCUCAGCGUUCCCCGGGAUGCCGUGGGUGUUUGCUUGCUGGGUGACAGGCUUUAUGCAGUGGGUGGAUAUGACGGCCAAUCAUAUCUGAGCACUGUCGAGUCCUACGAUGCACUGAACAAUGAGUGGACCGAGGAGGUCCCUCUCAACAUUGGCAGGGCAGGCGCCUGCGUGGUGGUGGUGAAAUUGCCUUGAGCAUUUUGUCUCACAACAGCAUGGGAAACAAAUGAGAGAGCAACGAAGAAGAGUGGACAAACAAAACAACAGAUCAAGGACACAUCCACUGAGAGUCGUGUUUUUUUUUUUUCCCUUUAACUCAGCUCUCCAGAUUUUUCAGAGGGAAACACAGACAGAGCCUUGCCCAUAAACCAUUGUUUCUAUCAUUAGUGGACAUGUCUGCCCACUGGGGAGGACUUGUUCAGAAACUGGAAUGCACCGCACAUUCUCAACAUUCUUAACCGAUCAAGAAUUUUCAUAGACUUGGCAAAGCUGUAGCAAAUCAGUGCUGAGCCUUUGUUGUACUGGUUUGUUAUAGUAGUUUUCUGAAAAGUUGUUUGAAUGUCUGCAAGAUUAUAUGUAAACGUAAAGCAUUUUAAAUAAAAAAGCCGACCUCCGA